AUGGCGGUGACACCGACCCAAUUUGCCAAGACGACUGCGCAGUCGGCCAAUUGGAACGAUGCGAAGCGACGAGUACUCGCGGCGUACAGAGAAUGGAUUCGAGCUGCGCCCGAGAUCCAGACCAUGUACUCCGUUCCUUUCCCGGUCUCGGUCAUCCGGACACGGAUGCGGGCAGAGUUUGAACGACACCGAUUCGUGAACAAGCUUCCAGUCAUCGAUGUCCUUCUCAUGCAGAACAAUGCCGAAUAUCAGCAUUACCGGCGUGCUGACAUUUGGUGCACCGAGCAGGAGAUGAUGAACUUCUGGAAGCAAUCGACUCACGUCAUGUCGUACUUCCCCGAGGAGAACUUCCGUGGACACGAAAGAUUACCGAAGAACUUCAUGCAAGGAUUCUUGGAGGGCCGCAAUUAG